AUGGUUCUUGAGAGGCGCCCUCUGCCAGAGGAUGAUACAGCACAAACGCUCAACUAUGCACUGGGCAAUCUUGGGGGAAGGCAAAAGAGCUGGAUGACACUGCCUACGGCCGCGCAUGCCCUGCCGCCUGUCGUGCCUGCCGAACUCACAACGAACCCGCUGCCCUUCACGGUGCGCGGUCGCGGAAGGCCUCGCAAACAACUCGCGCCCGUGCCCAGUACCAGAUCCGGGAGCCUGAAUACGGCACCGCGAAUACCAUCGCAGACGCAUCCGACCAUUGAGACAGAACCACAGCCGUUCUCCAACUCCACAUUUCCACAGCUUCCCAGUGCCGCCGCCCCUCAGAACACUGCUAAUUAUGGGCCGUCGGUUGCCCACGUAUUUCCGUCCCCUACUCCAAGCAAGGAGACAUCGGCCUAUCCGCCACCACACGAGAGCGCCCCUUCAAAACGACCAAGUGGAGGACAGACACAACAAGCAGAGAAGCGGAGGCGCAGCGAGAUGGAGGGGCAAGACCGGCCAGUGUCCGUGGCAAACACAACAAGUGCCUACCCAAACUUACCUCGUCGACCUUCUGGGCAGCACUCACAAACUGACAGUCCUAUGUUGGAUCAGAUCAAUAGUCGAAGUCCGUCACUCAGCAUGAGGGCGGCGCCGCAAAUGCCCCAAGGCAUACAGGUUCAAAAUCCGAGGGUCAGCAGAACACCGCCCGAACCAUACGCACUCUGGAUGCCACCACAAACGAUUUCGCAAGCACCGAAACUGUAUCACUCACAACUUGGCAAGCAAUCAAAAAACACAUUCAGCGUGCCCUCGGCGCAUCAAUCGUCGAGUGAUGGUUGGUAUACAAAGACGGAUUGUCUGCAGAUUCUGAAUAGUUUCCAGGCAUCACAUCCCCUGUCGCCAGGUCACCCGCAGGACGGAAGACGUCUCCGUGUGCUAUGGGACGCCGCUGAGGCCCGGGAUUGGCCCUAUCUUACUAUGCAUCAGCUUUACUGCCUGCUCACCCAUGCUCCAAGAAUGUUGACGGUGGAUUUGAAGACCCUACCGGGUUUGCGACAAGCACAAAAGAUAUUGACUGAUGUUCUUGACUUAAACCAUAGACUCUCACCUAGUUACCUUCACCUGUUCACAAAUUUCCCGUACCCGAUGCAACAGAUUGCAGCUAUGUGGCCGGCCAAAUUUGAGCACCAGUCAUAUUUGUUCAGACAAUUCGUUGUCCAAUCCCAAAACUAUGAUCAGCUGAAGACGACAUGUCAGAGACGUCGAUGCCUCCCCCUGGCAUGGGACCUCGCUGUCGAAUUCCGCAUUGCUUCUCCCACAUUUCAGCGUCUCUUAUUCACGGCUCUUUUGCGGUCUCUUUGGCGUGCGGUACUUCUUGACCCUCGAUUCACAGACUUCGAGACUCAGGCGAUUGACAUUCUUCUGCAGAGUCAAGACGACUAUCACCAGCGACAUCUUCACCCAGUUUCCGAGUCGCUUGAGUACCGCCAACAAGAGAAAAGCCAUGAAGACCAGCUCUUGGGCACUAAGCUGAGAAUGCUAGUUGAAAGAUUUGAAGCUACACUUCAAGAGCAAGGCCUCUCAUUAGCUGACAUUUACAACGGUGUUCCCCAACCUCGGCAACAACAGCAACAAGUACCUGCAGUUCAUCGAUAUCGCCCACAACACGUACAAAGUAUCUCCUCUAUCACAACCACUAAUACAAUGCCACCACGUCCGAAUAGAUCGGUUGAUCAACACUCAGCACAAGCUACUAUCCAGCAGACUCCUGGGCGUGGUCGUCCUCCCACAAGGCCUGCCCAGCCGACCGGUGUAUCGGCGGCCCCGGUCCUACCAUCCAACCAGCCAGGGCGGCCUCUACUUCCUGUUCUCGGCUGCCAACAGCCACAGCAGCGGGUACCUAAUCCUGCACGCUUUGCUUUGCACCAGGCCCACCUGCGAAGUCCAGUUCUCCAAGCACAAUCCAAAUCCUCGCCGCUAUACAUCUUUCACCAAGGAUUCCUAAAGCCUCCGGCGCGGCUGUCUACACCUACUUGUGCCAUCGAGGAAUGGAAAUUCACUCUCACACCUUCCGAUAUGCAGAGGAUCGCAAGGACUGUGCGGGAUACAAUCGGUGGGUCCGGGGCUGUGAUCAUCAAUGAAACCAGCAAGUUCGCUCGUCUGCGUUGUGUCGAAUGGCCGGAAUCCAAGCCAACAAAAACUCCAACGGAAAAUCUUUGGGCAGUGGCUGAUACCCAUUGGAUACCUCAUUCUUAUUAUACCUUCAACGGCACUCCUCUUGAACCGCGGAAAAAGGUUCAUUAUGGAAAAGAUCUGCCUAUCGACCUCACUGGCCUAUUAAGAGAAGGUGAGAAUGUCUUGGAGUUCGUGGUAAUGACUCCAUCCAGCGACACGUCACAUCUCAACUACUUGAUUGCCAUCGAGGCAAUGGAUGUCUCAUCUCAUGAAUCAAUCAAGCAACACUGUCUGGAUCAGGGUCGCAUCUCGGCGGAUGAAGUCCUACAAGGUAUCAAAAACAAGCUCGCUGCUGUAGGCGAUGAAGAAAUCACUGUCGUUCAAAGCACACUCACCGUUGAAUUGUUCGAUCCCUUCAGCCAAGCAAAGAUGUGCGAUAUCCCAGUGCGUAGCAAGGCCUGCCCACACAAUGACUGCUUCGAUCUAGACACCUUUCUCAAUUCCCGUUCACGCAAGGGCGACGCCUCGGUGGCUGAUCAAUGGAAAUGUCCUGUUUGCAAAUCCGAUGCUCGUCCACAGAUGCUUAUAGUGGAUGGCUUCAUUGAGGACGUUAAGAAGCAGCUCGAGUCACGGGGACUGGCGAGCACGCGACAAAUUCUCGUUCAGCAGGAUGGAUUUUGGCAACCCAAGGCCGAAGUGCGCGAAGGUGUAUCUGACGAUACUCCUGAACCUGUUGCUAGACGUUCCGUACCAGCUAACGUGGAGAUAAUCGACCUUAGUAACUGA